UGUAUAAAUCAUCUCUUAUUUCAUAAUCUUACCACUUCAGCCGAUUUCGUACGCAGCGCCGCUCACUCCGCCACCAGGUACAGGUUAGAGGCUUCGGAAGUCGGAUCUGGGAGAAAAAUGUCGGGUGAGGAUGCUGUUGUUGCUGAUGCUCCAGCUCCAGUUCCAGCUCCAGCUCUUGGGGAGCCCAUGGAUAUCAUGACUGCUUUGCAGCUGGUUCUGAGGAAGUCCAGGGCCCACAGUGGCCUUUCUCGGGGGCUCCAUGAAGCUGCCAAGGUCAUUGAGAAGCAUGCUGCUCAGCUUUGUGUCUUGGCAGAGGACUGUGACCAGGCAGAUUAUGUCAAAUUGGUGAAAGCACUCUGUGCUGAUCACAAUGUUAGCUUGAUAACUGUGCCUAGUGCUAAAACUCUUGGCGAGUGGGCCGGGCUAUGCAAGAUUGACUCUGAAGGAAAAGCAAGGAAGGUGGUGGGCUGUGCAUGCGUUGUUGUGAAGGAUUACGGGGAAGAAAGCGAGGGUCUGCAUAUCGUCCAGGAAUAUGUGAAAUCUCAUUAAAACAGUUAUCAGGAUUUGUUUAACCCUUGGGCAUGAAGAGCAUUCCUGAUUGUGAUUCUAGUGCCCCUAGUCUCAUUUUUCAUCACUUUGUGCAUCAUAGUCUAGAGAGAUUGAACCAUGGCUUUACAUGUAUUGAGAGAUUGAACCAUCACUUUGUUUAUCUGUUGAUGUUGGUGUAAGUUUUAUCCCUUUGGUGCUUCAUACUCUAGUGAGAUUUGUACCAUGGCUUUACAUGUACUGAUUUUUAUGGAAGUUAUCUAGAAUCUUUUUCCUA